AUGACUCUCCAUCUCGCCCGUCAAGCCAACACUUGCACUGGCAGCAAGCAAUGGUAUGUUUGCUCCAAGGGCAACUUCCGUGGCUGUUGCUCAAUCGAUCCGUGCAAUACGGGUGUAUGUCCGGAUCAAGAAAGCCAGACUACAUUGUCGAGGUCGACUACUUCAACCACCUCGAAAACGGCCUCAACUACAACGGCGACCUCGCCAACGACAGCUAUCACUACUGCACCUUCCACAAGCUCGCUGGGAGACAUCCCGGGCAUCAUUCCGACUCGAACUGUGACUCAGGCUGUUGCACCAGCGACAGAUACUGAUGCUGCUGAUGCGAGUCCUGGCCAUGACCGCGGCGCAUUGGUUGGGGGUGUUGUGGGAGGUGUAUUGGCCUUGAUACUGCUAGCCGGGCUGUUCUUCCUGGUGUACCGGUCUCGCAAGAAGCAUGGUAAACGGUUCGUCUUGCUGCGCUGGCGUGUCCCUCGCGAGAGCCAUGAGAAGACGUCCACGGUUGCAAGCAGUAGGGGGAUUGUGUCAGGGAACGAGGGACGGUUACUUGAUGUCCCAAAAAGCAACACGCCCUCCCACGCAAUCGUCAACCAAGCCUUGACAGUCCCGGGCUCAGAACAAACGUCCGCAAUGUCAAACACCAUAAGCCAACCGUCUUACGCAGACACGAGUAAAACGUUACCACCGGCUGAGACAGCCCAUCACAGCUCGCUCUCCUCCUUACCACCAGCAUCAUCCGCAGCAACCCACCCCUCCCCUGAUCAAAACCUCAACCUCAGCACAAACACAAGCACAAGUCCAACCCCAGACAGAGCAGAAAUCACCCCCGAACUCUUCGACACAGGCUUCUACCGCCAACGCGCCGAGCUAGCAGCCUACUCCCAAAGCGAACUAAUCAACAUCCCUCCUGAGCGCCGGCAGAUGCAGGUGUCCCCCGCGCAGCAUACCAAUUCCGAGAUUGACCAGCCAGCUCAACAACAGCUUCCGUCGAUCAUCACGCCGGACGGGGUAAUCCUAGGCGCGAACUUUGAUUACAGGGCUCCGCGGGAUGAUCCGUAUCCUGGUUCCGGGGAGGGGAUUGGCCAUGUGCUUAGUUUUAUGCAGUUUGAGGAGGGAGGGGAGGCAGGGCGGAGGGAGGAGUGGAGGAAGAGUUUUGAGAGUGGGACGGGGGUGUGA